AUGGUGGAAAUCUUAGAUAUAAAAAAAUCGAUUAUUUUUUAUGAGUCUAUUGCACACUGUGAAGCUCAUUCACACCUGCCAUACGUAUCAUCAACGUUCAACAACAGUGAUGAAAUCAGGAUUGCUUUUCAACAUCAAGAUCUGUGCUUGCUCCCAAGCAAGAGCACAUUACAUUUUUAUGGGAGAAUGAGGAAAGCUGAUGGUACUGCUGUAAGUGCUACUACAAAGAUGAUCAACAUGGCUGUCUGUUAUAUGUUUGAAGAGAUACGUUAUGAGUUGAAUGGUGUAGAAAUUGACAGAUGUGAGAAUGUUGGUAUUACCAGUGUUAUGAAAGGAUACGCUUCUCUGAGUCCGGGACAGCAAAAUAUUCUGGAAAAUGCUGGUUGGAUUGUUAAUGAAGAUAAUUACAAGUUGACCAAUGCUAAUGGCUACUUUGAUGUCUCAGUACCGCUGAGUUUUAUCCUAGGAUUUGCUGAAGAUUAUCAACGAGUUAUUGUGAAUGCUAAGCAUGAAUUGAUACUGAUCAGAUCAAAUACUGAUCAAAAUGCUUAUGUUGUUACUGUUGAGAAUAAAAAUGUUUCAAUUACGAUUCAAAAAAUUGAUUUUCGGACUUGGGAAUUGUAUGAGUAUCCACUGCUACCAGCUACAACCAAUCACAUUUGGACAAUCAAAACAACAAAUCAACUUGAGAAACCUCGUUUUGUCAUCCUUGGAUUCCAAACAGCAAGAAAGAAUCAAUCGAAUCAAAAUGCAAGCGAGUUUGACCACUGCAGCAUAACAGACAUUAAGCUGUUCUUGAACUAUCAGAGUUAUCCAUAUGGAAAUUUGAACCUCAACAUUACGAAUAAUCAGUACGCCUUGAUGUAUGAUAUGUACACAAAUUUUCAAAGAGCUUACUAUGGAAAAGAAGCUGAACCACUAUUGGCUAAGAAAGAUUUUCUGAAUAAAGCACCUCUGUAUAUAAUUGACUGUUCCAAGCAGAACGAGUCAAUCAAGUCUGGACCUGUAGAUAUGCGUCUGGAGUUUGAAUUAUCAGCACAGUUUCCAAAUUAA